GAUGGGUGUGACUUUGCUAGGGAAAAAGUAGUACUGCUAUACUUAUUGAUUCAAGUUUCAGAUAAAGAAGUGUUGGUGGCACUUUAUGCGUACGAUUCGCGGGCUGAUGGAGAUCUUAGCUUCAAGAAGGGAGAUGUGAUGUACUUACUAGAUCAAAGUAAUUGUGAUUGGUGGUAUGUACGACAUCAGCGUACCGGGAAUACGGGAUAUGUACCGAGGAAUUUUGUAGCUAAACAACAAACAAUAGAAAGCGAAGAAUGGUACGCCGGGAAGAUUCCACGAAAUCGCGCUGAGCGACUUGUUUUAGCCAACAACUUGCCAAAGGGAACGUUUUUGAUCCGUGAGCGUGAAGCUGAUGGACGGGAAUUUGCUUUAACAAUUAGGGAUUCAGACGAUAUUCGAGGAGGCUCAGUAAAACACUACAAAAUCAAACGGCUUGACCAUGACCAAGGCUUCUUCAUCACCACUCGAAGAACUUUCCGCACAUUACAGGAACUUGUUUUUUAUUCGAAACUCCGAAUUUUAGAAAUGGCCGACGGUUUGUGCUGUCAAUUGACGUUUCCUGCUCCUCGAAUUGCACCAACACGUCCGGAUCUCAGCCAUGAUACUCAACAAAACUGGGAGAUUCCAAGGAAUCAGCUGCAGUUGAAGAGGAAACUCGGUGAUGGCAAUUUCGGCGAAGUAUGGUAUGGUAAGUGGCGUGGAAUAGUAGAGGUGGCGAUAAAAACUAUGAAACCUGGAACGAUGUCUCCGGAAGCAUUUUUAGGCGAGGCUCAAAUAAUGAAGCAGUGUGAUCACCCGAAUCUGGUCAAGUUGUACGCGGUUUGCACACGAGAAGAACCGUUCUACAUCAUCACUGAAUAUAUGUGUAAUGGCUCCCUUUUGCAUUAUCUGAGAAACGAAGGUGCUGCUCUCGGAAUUCAAGCCUUGGUGGAUAUGGCAGCCCAAAUAGCAAAUGGGAUGAUGUAUCUGGAGGAGAGGAAACUGGUGCAUCGCGAUUUGGCUGCUAGAAAUGUCCUUGUUGGAGAGAAGAUUAGUGGUGUUCCAGUGGUCAAGGUAGCCGAUUUCGGUCUUGCUCGUAAAUUGAUGGAGGAAGACAUAUACGAAGCCCGAACGGGUGCAAAAUUCCCCAUCAAAUGGACAGCUCCAGAAGCGGCUACUUGUGGUAACUUCACUGUAAAAAGCGAUGUCUGGUCUUACGGCAUAUUGUUAUACGAAAUAAUGACAAAAGGACAAGUACCUUAUCCGGGUAUGCAUAAUCGAGAGGUCGUGGAACAAGUGGACAUUGGCUACCGAAUGCCAAUGCCAAGGGGAUGUCCAGAACAGAUCUACAACGAGGUGAUGUUGAAGUGCUGGGAUAAGGUUCCUGAGAGGCGGCCGACAUUUGACCAUCUGUUCCAUUUCUUCGACGACUAUUUCGUCUCAUCUCAACCAAAUUACGUUCCUCCCAGUGUUUAG